AAAACAGUUUGUAACGAUAACUUAAAUGACAAGAAUGAAGAAUGUCAAAAGGCAAAACCGAUAGAAGUUAUUGGUGACAACUUGGACAUCUGUAUUUCACCUGCAAAAAUGACUAUGGACAAACAAAGACACAGCUUACAUUGCUUUUUAACCAUGGUGAAACAAAGAAGGGUUACGUAUGAGGAUUUAAAUGUGCAAUCAGACACAUGCCAAACUCCAAUAUUGGACAUUUCUACACAUCAAUGGAUUCCUUCAAAACAACACAUGGAUUCAGUCACAGGUAACUUCAUAUUUCACAUAUCACAUACUCGUCUGAAGUAUGUAAAAUGUCUUGAACCUGUCAAAGAGUCAUACCAAAGUUAUAUCCCACAUAAAUGCAUAGACAUCACUAAAGAGAAGUCAGUUGUUUUGAACUGUGACCUAAUAGAUGCCAGUGAAAACUCAUCUCAAGGCAUGAUAGAAAUUUUACAAAAAGUACAUGAACUGACAGUUCCUCACACCCAGGAUACCGUGAUACAAAAAGUUGUUUUUGGAGGUGAUGUAUUGACCAAUGAGCGUGCCUUCUCUGCACAGGAGGCUAUGCAGAAUAAUAAAAGCCCUUACGCUAGUUUAUGUGGUAUAAUACACAGGCCUGAAGGGCUUCACAGACAGUUCAACUUCUUACAAGUUAUUUACCAGUUGUUUUACAAGGAGAAUAGUUCAAUGGACCGUGGUUCAUUAUACCAUUUACGCAGUUGGAUUAACCGCAGGGAUGUCAGUGGACCAAAAGAAGUAGUUCAAAAAUUUAGACCACAUCAGCAGUUCAUUGAUGAUGUUUUAGAUGCUUACUUAGUUGGAGUCUUUCUGGACAUGAUGGAUAUGGAAACUGUGACAUCAGAACCAAGAUCUCCACCUCUUUUGAAUUUAAUGAAUAAUGAACAGAAGGUGAAGUGGUUGAAUAGUGUAUCAAAGAACAUUCUUGCAAAUUUAAAUUUUAAUGAAUUCAUACAUAUAAAUCAGCUUCGUCAUGAUCUGGAAUGUCUGAAUGAUGAUGACAACCAAAUAGAGGCCAUGAAACAAGGAGAUAUUUACAAUUGUGCAUUAUGUAAUAAAACUUACACCUGUUUACCUUGGUUUAAAAAGCACCUUGUGAAAAAACAUCAGUGGAAAUUUCAUCAGGUAAACAGUGAAGUUGAUUCUUCAAAUGCAGUUAAGAAUUUCAUUUUUAUGGCCUUACUUUUUAGAGAUACAUGUGACUCCUACAAAAUGGGAGAUGGGGAAAGAAUAGUCAGAAAUGCUCAUUUUGAGUGGUUGUAUGACUCUGCAGUCAAACACUCAAAGUACAAGAUUUGGUUGUGGCGAAUGAUUUCAUAUGUUAUUUCAAUACUGGGGAUAAAGGAGAGUUUCGAGUAUAAAUGGAAUAUGACAGUCAACUUGAAAGGUGGGAUAUGCAAUAACAUUCCCAAUGACAACUGUGUAGAGUUACAGGUCGGUAAUAUCAAAAGGGAACUUAACACUCAAGGGGCAAAUAAAUCAUACGAAAGUGCAAAGAUGAUUUGUAUGACAACUCAGGUUGUUGAUGCCAUUCGAGAACAGUUGAUACGAACAACAAAGACUGCUAGAUCUAAGAGGGAUAGACCAGCAGUUGACAAAAGUAAAGACAUAAUAUGUAUGAUUCAGUGUCUUAGACAACAAGGAUAUGUGAAAGGUAUUACUUGGAAAAGUUUCAGUACAUAUAGAGAUCCCUUGCAAUGUGUUGAUGCAGAUGAACUUCACUCCUGUAUAAAUAAGCAGAAGAAAAUUGCAAACCUAUACUUGUAAAGCAUUUUAUUGCCAUUAAUUCACAUAACACCUGAUAAUGUAUAGUAGCUAAUUUCAGAUAAAUAAUAAGUGUUAAGACUGGCUUUAAAAUCCAAAAUCCAAUUACUGUUAUAGUUUUAAUUUAUAAUAUUAAAUGUAUCUGUUUCUGAAGGAUAAUAUACAUAUGCAAUAUUUUGUAUUUAAAUAAAUGUCUCUGUUGCUAAGCAAGGGAUCACUUCUUGUAGUGUAAAGAAACACACUUACUUUUGUAAGAAUUCUAGGUUCAAGUCCUAGCAAGAAGCCCUCUGCACAUUGACAUAACUUUAUGCACUUAAACAUCAUUAGUAUAUAAAUACAUAUGCAAAGCAGUUCUCUAGCCUGACUAAAAGAUGCAGUUUUAAAUUUUAAGAGCAAAAUGAGUAUUAUUUUUUUUUAUUUUCAUGCAUACAACUAUUCAUAUCAAUGAACAUUUUAUUUUCCAACUAAAUUUUCAUUUUUUUUAUCCCUGACAAUAUAUUAAUUGAAAAUAGGACCUCUUAACUUAUGCAGAAAAAUGGCCGAGAAACACUGCAAAGUCAUAAAUACUUGUGGGGGGCUAAUUUUCAUGGAUUUCAUAGUUGUGUUAUUAAUUUCUAACAUAAGUAUCAAUUAUGUUUAAUAAUG